AUGGCUGAAGAUGCACUUCCUGCAACGAACAGCAGCCCCGAAUGGCUGGGCGAGAUUAAAAAGUGGAAUGAACAAGCAACAGUCGUAACGCCUAUCAAUAUUAUCCUCUUGUCUUUGUUCGUCUUCCUGGUUUACUACCGACUGCGCCCCUCCCCUCCGGCUACUCUACCUAAAGGACCGGCACCUGUCGUGUUCCAGAACUUCACUCCGCGAACAUUGCUGAAAUAUAACGGCGAGAAUGGACAGCCUGUAUACCUAGCUGUCAAAACGAAAGUCUACGACGUCACACCAGGCAGAAAUUUCUAUGGACCGGGUGGACCGUAUGAGAACUUUGCAGGCAGAGAUGCGACCAGAGGACUGGCUUGUCAAUCAUUCGACGAAGACAUGUUGACUAAGGAUCUCGAUGGUCCGUUGGAUGACUGCAAUGAUCUGGAUUCAGAACAGAGAGAGAACCUGAACGGGUGGGUAGAACGUUUCGACGAUAAGUAUCUCGUGGUGGGAAAGUUGAUGGCAUACGAUGCCAAAAGUCUCUGA